AUAACAACAACACCAUUAUACAACGUACUGCAACUGGGCAGCAACAUCAACAAGCACACCACCAGCAGCAGCAGCAGCAGCAGCAGCACCAACAGCAGCAGCUACAUCAUCAUCAGCAGCAGCACCAGCAGCAGCAACAGCAACCACAGCAACGCAUUAGAACGUGACGCUUAUAUGCAAUGCAAGCAUUGUAAACGUUUUUACAAAUCGGUGCAAAAGUUGCAAGAACAUGUACGCAAAUAUUGUUUAAAAGAGAAAAAAUAUAAAUGCGUCUCGUGCGAAUAUCGUUCGCGACGUAAAGAUCACGUACUGCGUCAUGCGAAACGUAAACACUGCGAACUAUACGAGCAAUACCGGGACGACGAGGAAUGCUUAUUUGUUAUACGAAACGAAGACGAAAGCGAUGAACGCGACGGUGGGCGAUACGAUCAUGAUAAUGAUUUUGCCAACGAUAUACUAAUACCGGCAAUCUCAUUGGGAACGGGUACAUCAAAUUUAAGUUCUUCAUCGUUAAUGCCGGCCACUACUAUGCGUGAGUUGGGCUUUGAUUUCGGUAGCCGUGAUUUAACCAUAACGGCCGUUCCAAUUUUGCAAGAAAGUGAAGAGGAUGAUGAUGACUACGAUGAGGAUGCAGAAUAAUAGGAAAAUGGACAAUAUAAAUACAGUAAAUAAAAUAAAACUGAAAAAAAAAACCUGAAGAGAAUUCAAAGGCAGGUGCAUGUAAGCCAAAAAAAAAAAA